AUUUUCCCUAACACUCUCAAAUUCAACAAAAGAGUUUCUAAAUACAAAAACAAAAAACAGAGUGAUUUUUGAUUUGUCUUUCUCUGUUCCCAUUUCAAUCUGAGCACCAUUUGAACCUUACACGCAAAGUCUUCUUCUUCAACCCAUUAUAAACCAACUCAUUCUAAUCACAUUCAACACAUAAAGACUCCACCUUUAAUGGCGUUACUCCUUUCUUCUUCUUCAUUCCUUUCCUUACCAUCAUCAUCAUCAUCAUCUUCUUCUUCUUCUUCUUCUUCUUCUUCUUCUUUUGAUAAACCCUUCAAAACCCUUUCUUGCUUGAUACCCAACAAUGCUCCAAACCCCAAAAUCUCCGCCAGAUCAGCCAAUUUUUUGCCUCUACGAGUGGCUGCCCCAACUACCCAACAAUCAAGUUCGGACCUUUAUGAGGAACCGGUAGAAGAGGAAGGUUAUGAGAAGUUGGAUUCGAAAUUCAACUGGAGAGAUCAUUGGUACCCAAUUUCUCUAUUGGAAGAUUUGGACCCUCGAUUGCCUACUCCGUUUCAGCUUCUGGGUCGAGACCUUGUUCUGUGGAAAGACAAGGGUAGUGGCCAAUGGGUUGCUUUUGAUGACAAAUGCCCACAUAGGCUUGCUCCCUUAUCUGAAGGGAGAAUUGAUGAAGAUGGUAAUUUGCAGUGUUCAUACCAUGGAUGGUCUUUUGAUGGAUGUGGAUCAUGUGUUAAAAUUCCACAGGCUGCACCAGAAGGGCCGGAAGCUCGUGCCAUCCGAUCACCGAGAGCAUGUGUUACUAGGUUCCCCACAUUAGUCUCCCAAGGUCUGCUCUUUGUUUGGCCUGAUGAGAAUGGUUGGGAAAGAGCUAAUGCCACCAAGCCUCCCAUGUUGCCUGAUGACUUUGAUAAGCCUGAGUUUUCAUCUGUGACUAUUCAACGCGAUCUCUUCUAUGGCUAUGAUACUCUAAUGGAAAACGUCUCUGAUCCUUCCCAUAUUGAUUUUGCUCAUCACAAGGUUACAGGAAGAAGAGACAGAGCUAAGCCAUUGCCAUUUAAGAUGGAGGCUACCGGUCCUUGGGGAUUUGCCGGUGCGAAUGAUGGGAACCCACGAAUCAGUGCCAAGUUUGUUGCUCCUUGCUACUAUAUAAACAAAGUUGAGAUAGAUACAAAGCUCCCAAUAGUUGGAGAUCAAAAAUGGAUCAUAUGGAUUUGUUCAUUCAAUGUACCAAUGGCACCGGGGAAGACUCGUUCAAUCGUUUGUAGUGCUCGGAACUUCUUCCAGUUCACAAUGCCAGGCCCUGCUUGGUGGCAGUUAGUUCCAAGAUGGCAUGAGCACUGGACUUCAAACAAAGUGUAUGAUGGAGAUAUGAUUGUCCUUCAAGGACAAGAAAAGAUCUUUCUUUCAAAAUCAAUGGAGGGUUCUACAGAUGUUAACAAGGAAUACACUAAACUCACAUUCACUCCCACUCAAGCCGAUCGUUUCGUCUUGGCUUUUCGAAAUUGGCUAAGGCGACACGGCAACAGCCAGCCCGAGUGGUUCGGUACAAGCAGCCAACAACCUUUGCCAUCAACCGUCUUAUCAAAACGCGAGAUGCUAGACAGAUUUGAGCAACACACACUCAAGUGUUCAUCAUGUAAAGGAGCUUACACAGCAUUUCAAACAUGGCAAAAGGUUCUAAUUGGCGCCACAGUUGGUUUCUGUGCUGCAGCUGGGAUUCCUUCCAGGAUUGAAGAUCGAAUUCUCUUGGCGGGAUUCGCAAUACUCAGUGCUGGUUUAGCUUAUGCUCUGAAUGAACUCCAAAAAAAUUUUGUGUUUGUUGAUUAUGUACAUGCUGACAUUGAUUAGAGAAUCACUCAACUCAAAAGAGUCUUAAUUUCUGUAUACAGUUCAAAUUGAUAAACCAUACAAAAUUAAGGUAUACGUGACGUGUUAGGAAGGAAAUAAACAAAUAUUCUAACUAACCAUUUCUGAGUUGUAGAAACAUUUAAUCAGGAAAGAGAUACAAAUUCUCUUAGCCUGACAAAGCAAAUUAUAAUCUUUAUAAAAUGAAAAAAGAAUCGAAUUUCACAAAGUAAAAAAAUUGGGCUUAACUGAAUCUCUCGUGACAAAUUGGGAAUGGAUGAAAAAAAAAAAGAGUAACCUUUCAUUAUAAUAUAUAUUUUUUUUUUGCCUUAGUUUGAACCUAAGAUUCUUCAAAACAGAAAACAAGGAAAUUACAACAUUUACUUAAUCAAUUCAGACAAUUUUUAUCCUAACGUAAUCAAAGAAAGAUUCAAUUUCCAUAAAGUAACAGAAUUGGGAUACAACCUGAAUCUUGUCAUUUCAAAUGGAUCUAAAUCUAAAUCCAAGAAUUACAAAAAGGGACUAUCAGAAAUCAGGAGAAGUAUGAUCAUAUACCCAUACUAGUCUGGCAAAAAGGAAUUAACUUUACAACUAGAAACCCUAAUUUCCCUCACCAGACAUAAAUAUAGAAAUUACAACCAGGAACGAAAUCAUUUCUUCAAUAAUCUAAGAACUUGUGAACUUAGUAACGGCCUUGGUACCCUCAGACACGGCGUGCUUAGCGAGCUCACCGGGAAGAACAAGGCGAACGGCGGUCUGAAUUUCCCGAGAGGUAAUGGUAGGCUUCUUGUUGUAGCGAGCGAGCUUUGAGGCUUCCUGAGCAAGUUUCUCAAAGAUAUCGUUGAUGAAACUGUUCAUGAUUCCCAUAGCUUUGCUGGAGAUUCCAAUAUCUGGAUGAACUUGUUUCAGAACUUUGAAGAUGUAGAUCUUGUAAGUCUCCACGCUCUUCUUUGUUCUCUUCUUCUUCUUGUCGGCUCCAGAAGCGUCCUUGGGCAAUUUCUUCUCGGCACGUGGCUUCUUCUCUGCCGGAGCCUUCUCGGCCUUCUCCACCGGUUUCUUCUCAGCUGGCUUCUUCUCGGCCUUUGGCGCCAUUGUUAUGAACUCAGAAGUUUUUCGAAAGAGAAAAAUUUGAGAGAGAAAGCGAAUGAAAGAGAAUGAGUUGAGU